UUCCCAGGUGAGGCUAAAACAACUGUCGCACCUUUUGUACAAGGUGGCGUUAGUGAUGGCCAGUGGCAUUCAGUUCAGCUUCACUAUUACAACAAGGACAGCCUGCACCUGCUGGACUCCAGUGGGGUGCUGCGCGUCCAUCUCUAUACCGCCUGGCUGGAGCUCACUCAUAAGGAGCCGAAGAUAAGUCAUUUGGGGUUGCCUCAAGGUCCGUCAGGUGAGAAGGUGGCAGUAGUUGCGGUGGAUGACUGUGACAUCGGCAUGGCUGUGCGUUUUGGCAGUCAGAUCGGCAACUACUCCUGCGCUGCCCAGGGCACCCAGACGGGACAAAAGAAGUCUUUGGAUCUCACUGGGCCUCUUCUGCUUGGUGGGGUGCCCAACCUUCCAGAAGAUUUCCCCAUACGGAACCGGGACUUUGUGGGUUGCAUGAGGAACCUGAUGAUUGACAGUAAAUCCAUAGACAUGGCCAGUUACAUCGCUAACAAUGGCACCACUGAAGGUUGUCCGGCAAAGAAGAACUUCUGCUAUGAGGGUUUGUGUCAGCACGGUGCUCAGUGUGAAAAUAAGUGGAACACCUACUUUUGUGACUGUCCUGAAGGCCGGGGCGGCAAGAACUGUGAUCAGGUAAUGCCUUCACCGCAGCACUUCGAUGGUCGUGCCAUGGUGUCGUGGAUUGACCCUGACAUCACCAUUGCUGUGCCCUGGUACAUAAGUCUAAUGUUUCGCACCAGACAGAGCAGUGGAAAUGCAACCCUACUGCAAGUCAACGCUGGCGACGCAUCUCAAGUUAACCUUCUGAUAAGGGACAAGUAUGUGCGCUUUGAAGUACUGUUGGGAGAGUAUAAAGUGGCCACGCUGGAUUUCCCAGAGGUCCGAGUGAAUGAUGGGGAAUGGCACCACCUCCUCCUGGAGCUGAGGAGCAGCAAAGAUGGGAAGGACACAAAGUACAUGGCACAUGUUUUCCUGGACUACGACAUGUUCAUGAAGUCAGCAGAGAUUGGAAAUGAGCUGCCUGGACUCAAACUGAGGAGUCUGUUCAUAGGUGGACUUCUGGGACAGAGUAACAAUGUCCACCAGGGUCUUAAAGGAUGCAUGCAGGGUGUCAGGAUGGGGGAGACUGCUACCAACACGGCUAACAUCAACAUGCAGCAGGCAUUAAAGAUCCAUGUGGAAGAAGGCUGUGAUAUGGCCAACCCCUGCGACUCCAACAUCUGCCCUGACAACAGCCAGUGCACAGAUCAUUGGAAUGCACACACCUGCGUCUGUGACCCCGGUUUCUUUGGCAAAGAAUGUGUUGAUGCAUGUCGUCUGAAUCCCUGUAAGCAUUUGUCCACGUGUGUUCAUAAGCCGAGCUCCUCUCAUGGUUACACAUGUGAGUGCAGUCAGGACUACUAUGGACAGUACUGUGAGAACAAAGUGGAAAAACCAUGUCCUCAGGGUUGGUGGGGUAGCCCCAUGUGUGGCCCUUGCAACUGUGAUGCCAGCAAAGGCUUCAACCCUGACUGCAACAAGACUACUGGAGAAUGCCGCUGCAAAGACAACUAUUAUCAACCAAAGGACAGUGACACCUGUUUCCCCUGUGACUGCUUUCAUUUGGGCACCAAUUCACGUACCUGUGACCCAGAGACGGGUCAGUGCCCCUGCAAGGCGGGUGUGAUUGGCCGACAGUGCAACGGCUGUGACAGCCCCUUUUCUGAAGUGACUAGCACAGGUUGUCAGGUUGUAUAUGAGGGCUGCCCAAAGGUCUUUGACGUUGGAAUCUGGUGGCCCAGGACCAGUUUUGGACGCCCAGUAGCCAUGAAUUGUCCCAAGGGAUCUGUUGGUACUGCUGUCAGACACUGCAGUGAUGAGAAAGGCUGGCUUCCCCCUGAGCUCUUCAACUGUACCACCAUCACAUUCUCCCAACUCAAGAAACUGAAUGAGGAGUUGCAUCAUAAUGAAUCAACAAUGGAUGGGCAGAAAUCAAAGGAAAUGGCUUGGAUGUUAAAGAAUGCCACUGACCAGACCAAGUCCUUUUAUGGAAACGAUGUUAAGACAACCUACCAGCUUAUAUCCUGGAUCCUGCACUAUGAGAGCCAACAGCAGGGCUUUAACAUGGCCGCCAUGCGUGACGCCAAAUUCAACGAGAACAUAGUGAAGGCUGGCAGUGCAAUCCUGGAUGCCAGUAAUAAACGACACUGGGAUCAAAUACAGAGAACAGAGGGAGGCACGACACAUCUUUUGAAAAACUUUGAGGAAUAUGCCAACACUGUGGCGCAGAACAUGAGGAAGACCUACCUGAAACCCUUCAUCAUUGUAACCAAGAAUAUGGUUUUUGCAGUUGAUUAUCUGGAUGCCAUUUAUCCAGAUGAGGCAAAAAUCCCUCGUUUUCAAAUGACUGACCAGGAGUGUCCCAAAGACCUCAAGUCAUCUGUUAUUUUCCCAGAAUUUAGUUAUAAGUCUUCAGAGUAUAAAGAAUCUCACACCAGGUCUAAUGAAGAACAUGAUCUGGCUACAAACAAGGGGAAAAGGCAUGCAGAGAGUUUGCCACCAUUUCCUGUGGCUGCAGUUAUCAUCUAUAAAUCUCUGGGCCAUCUCCUACCAGAGCACUAUGACCCUGACCGCCGCAGUCUCAGGUUGCCAAACCGUCCAGUCAUUAACACACCUAUCAUAAGCACAAUUGUGUAUAGUGAAGGCGAGCCAUUGCAUAUUCCUCUGGAGCGACCAAUCACACUGGACUACAAUCUUCUGGAGACAGAGGAGAGAACUAAACCUGUGUGUGUGUUCUGGAAUCACUCUAUCACUGUUGGUGAAACAGGUGCCUGGUCACCUAAAGGAUGUUACCUCAUCUACAGAAACCACACCCACAUCAGCUGCCAAUGCAGUCACAUGACCAGCUUUGCCGUGCUUAUGGACAUUUCCAAGAGAGAGCAUGGUGAUGUUCUCCCCCUGAAGAUUGUCACCUACGCCACAGUCUCCGCCUCUCUACUGGCACUCCUCCUCACCUUCAUCCUGCUGGCUAUCCUACACAAACUACGCCCUAACCUUCACAGGAUCCACAAGAACCUGGUGGCUGCCUUGUUCUUCUCUGAGCUGGUCUUCCUUAUUGGAAUCAACCAGACUGACAAUCCGUUUGUGUGCACAGUGAUAGCCAUCCUUCUUCACUACUUCUACAUGUGUACAUUCGCCUGGACAUUUGUGGAGGGUUUGCACAUUUACCGUAUGCUCACUGAAGUCAGAAACAUCAACCAUGGACAAAUGCGCUUCUACUACGCCAUUGGCUGGGGGAUACCUGCUAUUAUUACAGGUCUGGCUGUGGGUUUGGAUCCUCAGGGAUAUGGGAACCCUGACUUCUGCUGGCUGUCUGUACAUGACACCCUCAUCUGGAGUUUCGCGGGACCCAUCGCUGUAGUGGUGCUAGUCAACAUCAUAAUCUUUGUGCUGGCGGCGAAGGCGUCAUGUGGCCGUAGGCAGUUUUCCUAUGAGAAGUCUGGAGUCAUUCCUGCUCUGCGAAUGGCCUUUCUGCUACUGUUGCUCAUUAGUGCCACCUGGCUGCUGGGUUUAAUGGCUGUUAACAGUGAUGUCAUGACCUUCCACUACCUGUUUGCCAUCUUCAGCUGUCUGCAGGGCAUGUUCAAUAAAGAGGUGAGGAAAAAUCUGAAAAAUUUAUUCACAGGGAAGAAACCAUUACCUGAUGAGACCAGCACCACACGCAUCGCCCUACUGACGCGCACACUGAACUGUAAUAACACAUACAUGGAGGACGACAUACUAUAUCGCUCGGCCAUUGGCGAAUCAACGGUGUCUCUGGAGAGCACAGUCAGGUAUGAAUUGGGUCAGAAACCCAGUGUUUCAUCUGUAAAUGCUAAAGCUAGACAGACUGACAGCUCACUCUUCUGUAAUGGCACUAAAGCAGAUGACUCAGAUUCAGACAGCGAGAUCUCCGUGGAUGAACACAGCAGCUCAUAUGCCUCCUCUCACUCAUCUGACAGUGAGGACGAGGACAUGGACAUGAAGCCUAAGUGGAAUAAUGAGAGACAACCAGUACACAGCACGCCAAAGGUGGACUCUGUGUCUAAUCAUGUCAAGCCUUUCUGGCCGACUGAAGCCAUGACAGCCAGUGACAGUGAAGAUCCCGUAGGAGCAGAGAGACUGAGAGUGGAGACUAAAGUUAACGUGGAGCUUCAUCAGGAAAAUAAACUUAAUCACACUGGAGAGACCACUCAGGAUAAAGACCAUCCACCACCCUCCAUCCAAGCCAACAGCAACCACCAGCCUGAACAGAGGAAGGGUAUUCUAAAGAAUAAGAUUACAUAUCGUCCUCCACUCACGGACAAAAACAUGAAAAACAAACUUAGGGAGAAGUUAUUGGACUACAACCCCCCCACCAUCUCCUCCAGCGUGCCCUCUAUAGCCUCUAAUGAUGGGGUCAACGGCCAGAACAUCCUAAUCAAGCCCCCUCAUCGGCUGAAUGUCCCACCACGAGAACAGCAGAACGGCAUUGCCAUGAAUCUGAGGUCAGGGACUGUUAAUGGCGGCAACCAGUCAGACUCUGAGAAACCUGAGAAACUUCUGCCCUCGUGAGGAGCCUUGACUGUGGGAGGAAGGUAGAAAGUGAAGGAAGAUUACCCAAAGACCCUCCCUAUAGGUGCACCAUGCUCUCCAAUGUGCCCCUGGGGUCUAGGCUCCAUUGGAGAAUAGUAUUACUGCAGACAUCUGCCUGUUAAAUGAAUGAUAAGGAAAGAAAAGGGAAUGUAUGUAAAUAUGCAAGACAUGGUCAGCAAGGAUUUAUAGAAACUGUGCCAAACAGGGGGGCACGCUCUGACUGCGUGACAGGUGGACUUAAAGAGACACAUAAGAUUCUCUGUCAUUUUGUAAACUUUACUACUAGUGCUCCUUAAAACUGUGCAAGUGUGCACACGAUCACACAAGGCUGGAACUGUGUAGAGACAUUUUCUGAUCACGAAGCAUAAAUCACAGAAUGCUGAAAUUUUUCCCAUGUGCCCGGUCGGAACGUCCUCAUAGAGGGGAUCCGUCUCUUAUCUAAUACCUUCCUUGUGUAAUUACUGUAUAUAUAUAUAUAUAUAUGUGUAAAAUUUUUGCUGUUGUUUUGAAAUUGUAAUAUUUGAAGGCCAUUUGUACAUUGAAAAGCGUUUUAAUAACAUUUAAUGUAAAAUUAUUUUUUAUCCAAUGUGGUUAAAUCAAAAAUGUUUUGAACUUGAUUUGCAGGGUAAAUAAUUUGGGCUUCUAUAGUGCUGUAGUCCCAAAACAUAAGACUAAAAGUCUAUUAAAAAUACUGUUCAACUUUAACUAUAUUCAGUGACGAUGUUUAAUAACAUUUGAACUGUGAAGAACAACCCCAUAGACUUAAGGAUAUGAAAUAAUGUGUUUUAUUUAGUAAUUAAGUGACAGUUCACAGGUCGUAUUCCAAAGAAGCAGCAGUGAAAAAGACUUGCAGGUGUUCAAAAUCAUUUAUCACAAAAGACACUGGAUUUCUUAUGACAUAGCUGUAUUUUUUUUUUUUUUUUAUUGAGACACUGGAAAAAAAAAUUGAAGUAAAAUAAAAAAAUAAUAAAAAGAAAGUUAUGCUA